GUCCCAGACACCUCUGCUUAAACAGUUAAACUGGUCCAGCUACCUCGCUCGUAUAAGGUUGGGAAGCCUACGAUCAGGAUCCGAUCCGUCAUUCACGAAACGACAGCAGCCACGCCGCAUCACUCCACCGCUCUUGCUUUUCACUAUCAUAAUUGAAAUUACGCAAUUUGUCUCCAACUUUCGCGUUCCUGUCAUCUAGGGUCGUGUCCAAUAGGCACAGCCCAAAUAUUGGAUAUGAAGUUAGGGUUUUUGUAGGACUAGGUGCUCAAGGAGGCAAAUCACUGAAGCUAUGGAGGCUUAUAAAAGAUGGGUCAGGCAAAACAAAGAGUUUGUGCACUCUUUGGGUUCUAUGGCCAGUGGGAUGACAUGGCUUUUUCCAGAACGGUUCUCUGAGUCAGAGAUUGGACCAGAAGCAGUAACAACCAUUUUGGGAAUUAUCACAACUAUAAAUGAACAUAUAAUUGAUACAGAAGCUACCCAAACUAUUACAGGCUCAAUUGAGCCAAAUCCAUUUCCUUAUCCUUUAUGUUUAUCUGCGAUAAAGGAUUUGGAAACACUAGUUGAAGUUGUGGCGCAAGAGUACUAUGGCGAUGAUAAGAAAUGGAAUUUCCUUGCUGUUACAGAAGCAACCAAAGUGCUGGUCCGGUUAUCUUUGUUUCGGAAGAGUGGAUAUAAGAUGCUGCUACAGGGAGGGGAGAUGCCUAAUGAUGAGAAGAAUUCAGAUAAUUUGAAUUCUCAACGCCAAAUAGACCAUUUGCCACAACUUAGAGGGCAUCUUGGGUCUGGUUACAUGAAUAAUAAUCUUGUUCAAAACCCAUGGAAUCUUGAAGGGAAAGCACUCUCUGCUUUAAGUAGAUUUGGAGAAAAUGCUAGGGUGUUGUCGGAUCCAACAUGGUUGCGACGGGUUAAACACCAGCAUGAAAUUAUGAAGCCUCCUGAUGUCGAGAAACCUACACUUUUAGCUGUAAUGUCCAAGAAGGGUCUUCGUGGGGUUAUGUUUCUAAUCGGAGAAGUUCUGUUUAUCACGAGACCACUUGUUUAUGUUCUAUGCAUUCGGAAGUACGGCAUUCGGUCAUGGACCCCUUGGUUCGUGUCAUUAGCUAUUGACUGCAUUGGGACAGGCAUCCUUUCCCUAGUUACUACUUCUGUGGUUGGAGGGAAGGAGCAUGUCUUUCAUCUUUCGGCCCCAGAGAAGGAUGAGGCUAGAAGACGGAAGCUGUUAUUUGCUCUUUACUUGAUGAGAGAUCCAUUCUUCAGCAAGUAUACCAGGCUAAAACUGGAAAGCACUGAGAAAACCUUGGAACCAAUACCCAUGAUAGGAUUUCUUACAGCAAAGGUCAUUGAACUUGUGAUUGGAGCUCAAACACGGUACACUUACACGUCAGGAUCAUGAAAUUAUAACAAGAAAAUAAGGUCUCCCGAUCCUUCAAGAUUUAGAUGUCUAUUCCAGACUUCUUGUCUCAAAUUUACACGGAGGAGAUGUAUCAAUCUCCUAUUUGAACAUCAAGAAACUGGAAAUUUCAGCUGCUCCUUUUCCUGGCGCAAUGAUCCCAGAUGUGGAAGUUGUGAAUCAGGUGUGAGCAUUUUUCUUCUCUCUAUGGAUGUCUCUGGGGAGCUUUUGUUGCUAUCCACUACGAUGUUGUAGAUAGAAUUACACUCGUAGUUCGGAGCAUCAACACGACGAGUUAUGUUGUGAUUCUUUUGCGCAAAAUAUUAUAGUUCGCUCUAUCUCUGAAACAUCAACUCAUUCAGCAUCUGUAACUGGACCAUGUCUUUAAGACCUGAUAAAGCUUUUGGUCCCUCAAAAAAAACACAGGAUAAAUGAACAAGCAUCUUGAGGGGGACCUUGUCAUGCAGUUUUCAUAUUUCAGUUUCUGCAAAAUGUUUUUAAUUUUUAUUAAGUAUUUUAAUUUCAGUUUAUAGCGGAUUAUUGCUAUCAGUAAACUCUUUGUUCUCCUUA